UUCACCACUGUGUAUCUAGAUAACAUACUAUUUUAUCAAGUACAACGUAGCUGACAAAAAGGAAAAAUAAUUGUCCAAAAUCAGACGUUAGUGUUUGUAAUUACUGGACAUAUAUUUGGUGUGGAAAAUGAAGUAUCUAUAUCUUCUGCUAUCUCUAUAUAUGGUAGAUGCAUUGCCCCUUCCUGGCUGCGAUAACGUUACCAUAGUGACACGACAAGAAUGGGGCGCGAGACCAUCUAAAGAGAUUAAUUACAUGGGUACGCCAGUAACAGUGGUAUUCAUUCAUCACACAGCAAUGAGCGAAUGUUUUACACAAGAUGCUUGUGCUAAUGAAAUGAGGAUCAUACAGAACCUCCACAUGGACACAAGGGGCUGGGACGAUAUCGGAUACAACUUCCUUAUCGGCGAGGAUGGUAAGGCAUACGAAGGCAGAGCCUGGGACAGAAUUGGAGCGCAUACACGUGGGUGGAAUGAUGUGGCAAUCGCCUUCUCAAUCAUGGGCGAUUAUUCUAACAAGCUUCCAAACGGCGAUGCCUUGCAUGCAGUCAAAGUUAUGAUAGAAUGUGGCGUAAAGCUUGGCAAAAUUACACCAGAUUACAAAAUGUACGGUCAUCGAGAUGUUGGUCAAACUGAAUGUCCAGGAAAUAGCUUGUAUCAACUGAUCAAAACUUGGGACCACUUUGAUCACAACACACCAGUUAAACCUACUCCAAAGCCAUAUAGACCCACAUGAACCAGCAAAGAAAAGACUUAUAAAAUAUACUGUAUUUGUCUGAAAAAGGACGCAGCUCAACUUACAUAAGGGCCUGUAUUUAUCCACUUUUAAAAUCUGAAAUUUGCCAUAGGCUUUAAAAGGCUAAAUUGUCUGUUUAACUUUCUCGUUUUUAGAAUAGCGUUAAAUGUAAUAAUUUUGGGGGUGUGCCUUCUCGUUCUUCAAAAUUUCAGUGGUAUAUAUACGAUGUCUCAUUUUCAGAUUUUAAAGAGUAAAUAAUACGGGUCAAACAUUUAUUGUAUUAAAAAUGUUACUGGAACAAAUGACAUUUUUAUUUCUAUUAAAAGAACCCUUCCUCCUAAAAAUAUCUCCUAAAAUUGGAACAUUUUAUCUCCUGGCAUUUUUCCUUCUUUUCAAUUUGCCAUUUUUAAAUAGUAAAAAACUACAAUAAUUCAUUAAAAUACCCUGCAUGCGUUAAUAAGGCAAAUAAAUAUUGGCACUCCUAAA